CAGUACUGGUCCUCGCAUUGUCUCUCCUCUUCCUCAUCUCUCCCCCUCUUCUUACUCAAGACCAAAACAGAUGGUGGAGAACCAGCAGCAGCACAUCUGCCAGGUCGCUGAACAACUACAGAAAGCAUCGAGCCUAGUCAUGUCAGCGUCCGAGAGCAGCUAGAUAUUUGGCGGGUGUUUACUUGUUUCACCUUUCACAACGGCUGCCGAGGGAGGACCGCGCGCGCGUCUGUCUGGGCUCUCCAACGAGAGAAGAAGAUGGCCGCCAUUAAGAUUUUAACCAGCGCUGGGCUUUUCUUGGCGUUGUGUGCAUUGGUCUUGUUGGCCAUGGCUAUCUGCACCGAUUACUGGUACGAGACUGAUGCUCGGCGGCACCGCGAGCGCUGUAAGAACUACGCAAACAAGCGUAACGAUCCCGGAUACAUUUACAUCUCAAAUCACAACUUGCCUCUCCAGAUGCCUCCAAAGGGUUACGAGAGGAAAGAGAUGGGGAAGGUUGGGGAAGCGUCUUCUCGCGUGAAGCGGCACGCUGUGGCUUCCGCGACGGCCAUGGAGUCUCACUGCAGCCGCCAGUUUAACUCCACGAUCUCCGGUCUGUGGAGAAAGUGUCACCGCGAAGGGUUUGACCUGGAGACCGAUGAUCUAAUUUACAAAGGUUUGAUUCAGAGAUGCACCCCUGUGAAGUACCAUUACACCUCUUCAAUACUGCCACAAAAUCUUCCACUCAACAUCACCAAGACCAUCCGGCAAGAUGAGUGGCAUGCCCUCCAUCUGCGCAGGAUGACAGCAGGGUUUGUGGGCAUGGCUGUCUCUAUCAUCAUUUUUGGCUGGAUUGUUGGAGUCCUUGGAUGCUGCCAAGAACAUGAUCUCAUGCAGUAUGUAGCUGGACUACUCUUCCUCAUGGGUGGAACCUGCUGUAUUAUCUCCCUUUGUACAUGUGUGGCGGGAAUUAACUUCGAGCUAUCCCGUUACCCCCGUUACCUGUACGGCCUUCCAGAGGACAUCAGUCAUGGUUAUGGUUGGUCCAUGUUCUGUGCCUGGGGUGGACUGGGUCUCACCCUGCUGGCUGGUUUCUUAUGCACGCUGGCCCCUUCCUUAAGCAGCCCCUUGGCCCGCACCACUGUUCACAAGUCCAGGCAUGAAAAUGGGACAGUGUGAUCAAAGACUUCUGGAGCAACCUUGCUGCAACAUCUACUAAACAUGUAUACAGCAUCUAUGUAAAGACUUCUAACUAAUUCAUACAGUAUAAUGACUACAUUAUCACUCUGGCUCUUUUCAUAUGACUCAGGGGACUUUCUGGCCCUUCUAUGAUUGAUCAGUCACCACUUUCAACACAACUUGUGUGCAUCGUUUAGUUAAUUAUACGAACAUUUAAAGACACUGCUGUCCUGCAUGACCAGAGGAAAUGGAGACAAAGGAGUCACACACACAGUCCACUUGUACUGGGUAUCUUCCACCCUCUCACGUGUCUUACUCUGGCCUCCGAUGGCACAAAACCUAAUAAGAAUUUCCACUGCUCUCCUCUCUCUCUGCAUAAUGACAGAGAGGCAUGCUAAAAGCAACGGUCUUCUCUUCAAGAGGAUUCCUACUAAAAUGGUGCUCUCUUUUCACAAUCUCACAACUGCACAGAAUAAUUUCAAAAGACGUCGGGAGGACAAACAAAUCCAUGUCAAAACAUGUUUUCUUAUAGCUGUGGAAAGCAAUGAAAAAGAGAGAGACACGUAUAUAUAUAUAUGUUACUAGAGCUUUGACAAGCAAAUUUCCUAAGGCCUCAAGAGUCUGUACGUAUAAAAGAAAAUUGUAUUUAUUAUUAUUUCAGGUCUACCUUCGAAAUGAUGCUUGGAUACAAAUUAAGUCUUUUCACACUUUGUUAUGAUUGUAACAACUGGUGAUCUGGCUUGGGCUGUGGUAAAGUAGCUGUUCAAAGGAAUUUGACCAAAUGUAUUACAUAAUGGCAUGUGAAUUAUUGACCCAAUUUGUUUAAAAAUGUUUGUGGGGGUUAUUUUUGAAUUUGUCACAAAGCCUUAUUGCUGUUGAAAGCACAACAUGAUGGAAAUCAGAGUUAUGACAGUUCAGGAGCUCAGCACUUUGAUACCACAACUGAAUGUUGUUGAAUCCACCUUUUUCAGAAGGCUGAGGGCUGUUUUUGUUUUCUGGUCUCCAGUGUUUUCACUCGUUUCAGCAUAUGUUUUUAGCGCAUAAUGGGAUAUUUAGCAUAUUAAAUUUGUAAAUAUUGGCAAAUAAAAAAAACGUGUGGAUACAUAUUGCCAACACUUUACAGAGUCGCGAUGACUGUGUUGACAGUGACUCGCCAAUGUGAGUUGAUGACAUGAAACGAUGGCUCGAAGUUAUUACGUUACAGGGAUAGUGUAUGACUUUCUUCUGCUGAACAUGAAGAUUUUUCAAAGAAUGUUUCAGCUCUGUAGGUUCAUACAAUGCAAGUGAAUGGUGACCAGAACUUUGAAGUAACAGAUCAAUAUUUAAGUCCUUUUUACUAUAAAUGUCCACUUUCACUUUCUUCCCUGCCACCUACUGGGCAGGAAGGAAAAUUUAUUGUAAAAAAGGAAUUCAAUAUUGAUUUGUUUCUCACCCACAUCUAUUAUAUCACUUCUGAAGAUAUGGAUUUAACCACUGGAGUCGUAUUGACAUUUAUGCUGCCUUUAAAUGCUUUUUGGACCUUCAAAGUUCUGGCCACUAUUCAUUUGUAUUGUAUUUUCCUACUGAGAUAUUCUUCUAAAAAUCUUUGUCUGUGUUCUGCAGAAGAAAAAAGUCAUACACAUCAGGAGAUGGCAGGAGGAUGAGUAAAUGAUAAGAUCAUUUUCAUUUUUGAGUGAACUAUCCCUUUAAAAUCAUUAACUACUUUUAAUUGUUAUGACAGACAACAACUGCACAAGUUGAUCCUGAACUCAUGUUUACUCCAACUAACACUUAAAAUGGUUAUUGUUUUCAAUCUUGAUCGCUCAUUUUGGUAGUUAUUCCAUUGUUUAUUAUGGAGAACAGAAUCAGAAAACAGUCCAGUAAUGAGAAUCAUCAUGGUGCCGCCCAGUGGUUGGUCAGGAAAACUUUGGAAAUCUAAGAUAAACUGAAAGUUCUGGUGGCGCACAUUAUUAAAGGCUACUAAGGGACUUCAGUGCUAUAUUAAAUUACAGAGAGUGAAAUGAGGUCAGAAAACAUGUAAUUUACACAAUUUAGUUUUUUGAUCAGAAUAAUUCAUGGGGAGGGGGUAAAAUAUGGCACAUGAUCAGCUAUAAUGUUUACAUCACUAAAUUUUUUUACAAAUCAUGAAACAACCAAACAAUAUUUUAAACAACCCUACGUGGAUUGGAGGCUUAAAUCUAGUAAUUAUCUAGUAAUGUCUUUUCUAAAAGUGAGUGUGUCUCUACCCAUUUUUAUAAAUAAUUCAUAUUUAUUCUACUCUCACCAAUGGAUAAUAUUUAUUGAGGAUGCUACUGAGAAAAGCACAGUUACCGCAAGUCAUUUAAUGAUGCUUCACAUGUCCUGACCAAAUGUACAUUUAUAGUCCCAGAUCUCCACAAGUCAGACCAGUUUUUGAGCACAAAGUUCUGAUGUUGAUGUUCAAGGUGGGCAAGAGGUAGAUGCAAUAGUUAUGGUGAGACAUUUAGGACUGCAAAUACUGUAUGCAUUUUUGGAGGAAUGAAUGUGUGGUUUACAUUUGGUGUCAUCUGAGGGUAAACUGAUUAAUGUACUGUGCAGCUUUAAUGGAAUAACAAAAUGAAUGACUGAAUAUUUAGCUGAUUGGCACAAACAUUUUGUGUCUGUAUGUUGCUCCUGAGCAAUGUGGCAAAGUGUAAUCAUUUCAGUCAUUGACAUAAGGAGAGCAGAGCCAAAAUAAUAAUAAAAAUAAACACAGGUACAUAGGGAAGUGUUGUGUGGAGUGUGAUCUCUAAUUAAGUAUUGACACAAUUGGUAUAAGAGACAUUUGUAUAAAAGCUGCCAUUUUAUUUGGCAGUUGAAGUAGCAGCACUUUUUAUUUAUUUAUGUUCUGGAUAUGAACUGUUUUUACUUGAUCAUCUCAUAAUUGGAGUUGGAAAAAAAACGCAAUUUUCUCGCAUGCUGUCAUAUUGAUUAAUUUUUGUAGUGUAUUUAGAUUUGUGUUAAUUUUUUUACAAUGACUUUUAUUUUAAGAAAUAAAA